AUGACCGCUCAAAAAGAAAUAAAUAAAAGUGCUAACGAUGCUGCAUCACACAGUUCCGAUUUUAGUAUAGAACAUAUUUUAAACAGAGCAGGAAAUAGUUGUUCGAGUAGUGAUACUAAUUUAAUUGUUAGUGAAAGUUCUACAAGUGCUAGUUUAUCACUGGACGCGUACACUUGGCUAAACUGCACCAGAUACUGUCCACCGAAAAUUCCACUUUUGGAAGAAAAAUUUCAGCAAAGUCCGUAUCUCAGUAGCGAAGAGGUUAUUUUACUAGCUAGGCGACUUCAACUAGCUGAUAUUAGAGUAAAAAUUUGGUUUCAAAAUAGAAGAGCAAGAGAAAGACGAGAAAAAAUGCACCAUAUAAAUCGCGCUGGUUCAGAAGUUGUACAAAGUUCUACCACGCCGAGUUCGCCUAGAUCUAGUCCAGUUCCCCAAGUGCUCAACUUCCUGCCUGCUCAAGCAUUAUUACAAAGUCAUUUAACAGAAUGUUUACUUCCAGUCAAUCACCAGAUUUAG